ACAUUUUUUAUAUCAAAAUUUAAUAAAAACUUUUAAAACCACAUUUGAAAAAAAUUUCAAAAAGCCAAUGAGUGAACCGAAUUUAAUCACAUCAGCAGUUUUACAAGGCAAAGAAUACUUGGUAAAGAUGAAUAUUAGCAAUAAAUGUUUGGAACUGGUGAUUUGCGAUAAACAAUCCGGAGAAGAAUGGCAAUGUAGCUACGACCAAGCAUACAUUGAGAAUUUAACGCACAAAACUGGAAAUUUUAAACAAUAUGAUGUUUUUGUAACGAUGAUUAAAUCCGGUUUGUUAAAGACGAGUGAUUCAAUAUCACUACAACUUUUAACUUUCGAGGACUUGGACACGUUAAGAACGAAAAAGUUAAGGUGUUUUGCUAGAAAUUUUAAUAACCCGCACGGAAAUAAUCGUCGCUAUUUAAUUAUAACAUACAGCGUUGAAUUUGAUCGAAUUCAUUAUCCAUUGCCAUUAGAAUAUUGUGGACCACCAGAUCCCAAACUCCUUCAAUCAACAAUUCAAAAAUUAGAAGCUGAAAUAAGCAACUUAAAAGACGAACUUUCAACAAAACAUUUAAAACCUACGAAUCAAAUUUUAAUUUUAGAAAAACGCGUAGAUGAUUUAACACUCGAAAAUGCGGACCUAAAAGCUGAAAUAAGUCAACUCCAUCGUGUAAUUGACGAAAACGAACCGAGAAGUAAAUUAAAAUCGAUGCAAAAAGCUAUAAUUAAUUUAGAAAAAAGCGUUUUAUCCGAACGUAAAUCGCAUCAUCGGUUGGUGGAUAAGUUAAGAACCGAUAAAAUUAGGUUAAUUAAUGAAUUGGAGCGAUGCAAAAGCAGUGAAAAAUCUUUAAGGUCCCAUUUAGAUCAAAUUAGUAACAAAUCAAAAUCGUUUAAGCCCAAACGUGACAAAUCCGACUUGGAAAGUUUACAAACGAUUUUUAGAAGAACCUCUCCUAAUAAGUCAAAAAGUGAAGAUGUAAGAAAAAAUUUUGAUGCAAGAUCGAUUUCUCCAAGACAAGUUAAAAGUGAAGGAUGUAAUUUAAAACCAAAAACCGAAAAGGUUAGAAAAAAGGUUUCAAAACCGAGAAGUGUUAGAAGUAGUUCCACGUCGAGUUCACGAAAUUUGGAGACUUUUUUCGCUUUGGCUUGCGUUGAUCAUGGUCAAAGCCCGACGACGUCUUCGUCUUCUUCAUCGAGACGACGAAGAGAUCUAAAAAGCGAAACGAAACGGUCUAGAAGCAGUUCAAGAAAUUCGUCGGAAAAUUCUUAUUCGGAUCGAAGUUAUAAACCAACUUCUUUAAAAGGAGUCAAAUCUCGCUUAAGAAGUAGCGACAGAGAUUUUCUUGCUUUAGAAAAUCGCAUUUUAAAGCUACAAGAUAUCUUAAAAGAUUCGAAAACUAAUAAGUAAAGAGAAAAUUGUAUACAAUAUUUUUUAUAUUAAAAGAAACUAUAAAUAUACAUUUAGUUUAAAGGAA